CAGAGCUGAGGAGUCUGCUGUGCUGGAACCCCGUUCAGAGCAGCGCGCCAAGCAGAAGUGCCGGGACGUUGCUUGUGAGGACCAGUCCGCCAGCUAACAACCCAACUAGUACUGCUGUGUCCGUGUCUGUGCGUGUGUGUGUGUGGUUCAGUCAAAACACCUGUGUUCACCGCCCGGAAGAAUGAAAGCGGACGUCGGUCGCUGGGUGGUGGUGUUGGUGGUCGGGGCACUGUGGGGAGCCUUCCCAGUGGCGGCCACUGAGGACACUGAGGAGGACCUACCCGAGCCCGAGGGCUGGCGCCAGGGUCCUCCUCGACAACAGCAGCACGGGCCUCGCCCUAGUGUUGGUGGAGGCGCUGGAGGGCAGCUGGAGAGCUCGUCGUAUGAUCUCACCGAUGCUUACAACACUCUCGCUGCUAACCGCGUGGGCGGCCUCUUCACCAGCACGGGCUCGGCCGGGUCCAGCUCCAGCGGUAACAGCAAGAUCGGUUCCGCUACCUACGGAGCAGCUGGAGCAGGCAGCAGCAGCAGCGCCAGUAAUUACUACGGCUACGGCACCGGAGGCUACGGAGGCUACGGCAGCGAGAGUGGGUAUGGGUUGUCAUGUUCCUCAGGGUACGUGAACGCCUCCGCGGUGGCGCUCCUCGCCUUCCUCUUCCUCCUCAACAUUAUCCAG